GUUGCGGGACCAAUCAAAUGGUUUGGGGGCGCGGUUUUCCCCUCAUCAUCUUUGGAAAAGAAAACUCGCAUCAGGCGAACGUCACAACUCCAGUUCGACACAACUGAAAUCGUUGCUCGUGCGCUGUCAAGAGGACCAGCAAACUGCUUCACUCGCCGGAAUUGCGUUCGGAACUACAGUGCCCUGAAGGUGACGAACAAAACAAAUCGUGGAACCUUCCAGAAAACACAAAACAAACGAGAAUGUCCGUAAAAUUACAAAAACAAUUUUACAAAACACGAAUAUGGAAGAAAUUCAUUGCCAUCUGUAGCUGCCAUAAGUGUCAGUUAUAAUACUUAAUGUUUAAUUUAAGUGUUUAUUUAUUUGUAUGAAUUAAAGUGCGGAUUAAAGUAGAGAAGAAUUUAUGUUCUUUAAAGAAAACAUUUACUUUUUGUUAGUUCACGUUUCUGUAGCGGAACCUUUUGUUCACCAAUGUUGUUGGUGUGAGGACGCUUAUUUUGGGGCACUUCCUGUACAAACAGUAUUUCAGCGGCAAAGAUUCAACGGGAGAGAGAGAAGCAAGAAAAAUAACUUCGUUUGGUCAGAAGGUCAACGAGUUUGAACGCAGAAUGAUUUUGCUGGUGACAAGGCCACUUGGGAAACGUCAGUGGAAGGAGGCGCAGGCAACCUUGCUAGCGGACGUCUUGGCUCGUUCAUCACCCACAAACUUGGUUCUUUUUGGUGCUGGACAACCUGAACAGUCCCUUUAGUGGAAUCCUUGGAAAACCACCAGCCUACCUGCCCAGAGAGUCUAUGAGUACGGCUGCUGACCUGCUGGAGGAGUGCCCUGGCAUGGCUCGCACAGUGAAUCCUUUGGACUCCAGCUCCCUUUUGGAGUCCCGUUCUCGCAGCCCUGAAGUCUCUGAGCUGAGUGGCUUCAGCUCUGGUUCUCACAAUGUCUGUGAUAUGUUGUUCUCUUUGCAGAUUUCACCUCCCCUGCCUUAUCUUGCAUCAAACAUGCAGAAGGACUUGGUGCAACUGGGCUCUACUCUGGACCCCCAGGACACAAGCUCCCCUCUCACCCCACCAUCAGGCGCCACUCCGGGCUCCUCUGCGCUUUCUCGCCGCUGGCGCACUGGCUCCCUGUGGCCUGCUACGGACACACUGGACCAGGCUGAGGAAGCGUUUAGCAUUGAGAGGGAGGCCCGUCUGCAUAGACACGCUGCAGAUGAAAAUGAACCAACCUGCAUUUGGAGUGGUCAUCUGCCCCCCAGUAACAACAAGUAUCGGCUUUACUCCUGCAAGGUCUUUGUUGGUGGUCUACCCUGGGAUAUUACUGAAGCUGGACUCAUCAACACUUUCAGUGGCUACGGCCCUCUGACUGUGGAGUGGCCUUGUAAGGAUGGCAACCACCCUUCUCACCCUCCUUCAGGUAAUGUGGCCAAAGGCAAAGUCUACCUGGUUUUUGAGUACGAACAAUCUGUGCGGGCCUUGCUCCAUACCUGCUAUCAGGACCCGUUUCACCCAGACUUUAGUCGGGAGUACUACUUCAAAUUGUGCAGUGGCCGAAUGCAUGGCAAAGAUGUACAGGUUAUUCCCUGGGUCAUUUCGGACAACAGCUAUGUGUGCUGCUCUGCUCAUCAUUUGGAGGCCAGCAAGACUGUUUUUGUGGGCGCACUGCACAGGAUGCUCAACGCCAAAGCGCUGGCCAGGAUUAUGAAUGACCUGUUUGGAGGAGUCGUACAUGUGGCCAUUUACACAGACAAACACAAAUAUCCCAUCGGCUCUGGACGCGUGACUUUUAGCAAUCAGCAAAGUUACCUGAAAGCGGUGUGCGCAGCCUUUGUGGAGAUCAAAAGCCCCACGUUUACAAAGAAGGUCCAGAUUGACCCUUACCUCGAAGACUCCAUGUGUCAAGUUUGCCUUUGCCAAGAUGGUCCUUUCUUCUGCAGAGACCAGGCGUGCUUAAAAUACUACUGUCGCUCGUGCUGGCACGGGGACCAUUCCAUGGAUGUCCUGGGCAACCACCAGCCCCUCAUGCGCAAGAAAUAGAACAGGGACUCCGGCUCGGAGGCCUCCAGCAAACGUCCUCUCGGGGAUCAGCUGCAGAGCAGAGGAGAGCACGUCUCAGACGGCCGUCGGCGUGAGGGGCAGGGUACUCCACCGGGCACUGGGGUUAGAUCACUAGGAAAUGUUCGCUUUUUGCACUUGCUCUGUUUUUGCUGUUCACAGUUGGCACGUUUACAUGUUGCAUGGUGACGAGCAGUCAUGCAAGUGUCAUUGCCAUUCAUUGGCAAAUGCCAUACAGUGCCUUUAAAUUUGUAGUUUUUCCCUCCCUGCCCUUCCCCCAGUUGAUGUUUUUCCAGUGCAAGCUAACUGGUGUUUCUUACUUCGGGAGUUGAAUGUUGGGCUUCAUUUAACCAAUUGCAUUUUAGACUUUUACAGUUUUUUUUUUUUUUAACUAAUUUGUACACACAGCGGUUUCAAGUCAUGACAUGAAAAAUUUGAACAGAAUUCUACCUGGAGGCAGUUUUGGAGAAAACCUUUUUAUUUCCUGAUCUCUUUUCCUGAUCCUUGUCCCCUUUUUUUCUGACCACUUUUAAUUUGUCCUGCCAGAUUUCACACUUUGUAAACCUUGUUUGCCCCCCUGUUGCGAUUGGACAUAGUUGCAUAAUUUCUGUGCCGAGGACUGUUGUUCCUUGUUCUCCAGUUCUUUUGCCCAGCUGCUUUUUACAGUUUGCAAAGUCUACCUCAUUGUGAUCUACAAAGUUUGCUCCCUACGGUUGUGGAGUUCUUUCAGAAUGGGCACAAUAAAGUUGUUUAAGC